AUGGCUGUGCGCGCGCAAUUCGAGAACUCCAACGAGGUCGGCGUUUUCGCCCGUCUGACGAACUCCUACGCUAUCGUUGCUGUCGGUGCUUCGGAGAACUUUUACAGUGUCUUUGAAUCCGAACUCCAGGACGUCAUCCCCAUCUGCCACGCCACGAUCGCAGGAACCCGAAUCGUCGGCCGUUUAACCGUCGGAAACAAGAACGGUCUCCUCGUGCCCACAACCACCACAGACCAGGAACUGCAGCACCUCCGCAACACGCUUCCGGACGCUGUAAAAAUCCAACGUAUAGAAGAGCGCCUUUCUGCGCUUGGAAACGUCAUUUGCUGCAAUGAUCAUGUUGCCAUUGUUCAUCCGGAUUUGGAGCGCGAGACUGAAGAGAUCAUCGCCGACGUCCUCGGCGUAGAAGUAUUCCGCCAAACAGUCGCCGACAACGUCCUGACAGGCUCAUACAUGGCCCUUUCCAACCAAGGUGGAAUCGUGCAUCCCAAGACCUCAAUCCGGGACCAAGAUGAACUGUCCAGUCUCUUGCAGGUUCCCCUUGUCGCGGGUAGUGUGAAUCGUGGUUCGCCGGUUGUUGGUGCGGGUAUGGUUGUUAAUGAUUGGCUCGCUGUUACCGGUCUCGAUACUACUGCCACGGAACUGAGUGUUAUCGAGUCUGUUUUCCGUCUCGGUGAGAUGGCGCCUGGUGGUACUGGUGCGGCGGGUCCUAAUAAGGAGAGUAUUGUUGAGAGUUUCUACUAA